AUGUUACGGCUAAUAAUAAUUCCCAAUAUUCCAGUCAAUGUCCGUUGGGCACAGAAUGGUGUGACUGUUGCUGGAGGUCAUGGAGAAGGCAAUGCCACCAAUCAACUCUACUCGCCUCAAGGUCUGUUCGUUGAUGAUGAUCAAACGAUUGUCAUCGCUGACUUCUCGAAUCAUCGUAUCAUCCAAUGGAAGAUUGGUGAUACGAAUGGACAAGUGGUAGCUGGUGGCAAUGGCCAAGGAGAUCGAUUGGAUCAAUUCGAUCGACCAACCGAUGUGCUGAUAGAUAAAGAGACAGAGAGUCUCAUUAUUUGUGAUCGAUGGAAUCGACGAGUUGUACGAUGGUCUCGUCGUAGUGGCACAACUCAAGGAGAAAUCCUCAUCGAUAACAUCGAUUGUUGGGGAUUGGCCAUGGAUAAUCAGAGAUAUCUCUACAUCUCUGACUGCAAAAGACAUGAAGUAAGACGAUAUCAAAUAGGAGACAAGAAUGGAACUCUUGUGGCUGGCGGCAAUGGCAAAGGUACUCGUCUCAAUGAACUCAGCGCUCCGACCUACAUCUUUGUCGAUCAACAACAGACUGUUUACGUGUCAGACAAAGAGAAGAAUCGUGUGAUGAAAUGGGAUAAAGACGCAAAAGAAGGCAUUGUCAUCGCUGGAGGUGAAGACGAAGGAAAUGCUUUGAUACAAUUGUCGCAUCCUGCAGGACUGUUCGUCGAUACGUUGGGUACCGUCUAUGUGGCAGACUCGUGGAAUCAUCGAGUGAUGCGUUGGCUUAAAGGAGCAAAACAAGGCACUGUCAUUGUGGGUAGAAAUGGUCAAGGAGCAGAAGCAAAUCAGUUCAACAUUCCCGUUGGUUUGUUCUUCGAUCGGCAAGGCGAUCUCUACGUCGUCGAUUUUGGGAAUACUCGUGUUCAACGUUUUUCUAUCGAAUGA